UUUCAUAACACGACAUAAUUAGAAUUUGUGAAGAUGGACAGAGUUAGGGAUUUGGCAUCAAAGAAUGCUGCUGUCAUCUUUACCAAGAGUUCAUGUUUCAUGUGUUAUAGCAUCAAGACACUAUUUUAUGGACUUGGGGCCAGCCCAACAAUCUAUGAACUGGAUUUGGAGUUUAACGGAAAGGAAAUGGAAGGAGCCCUUCGUGAACUAGGCUGUUCUUCUGUCCCUGCUGUGUUCAUAGGUGGUAAACUUAUAGGCUCUUCUAAAGAUGUCAUCUCUUAUCAUCUUGAUGGUUCAUUGAAACAAAUGCUCAUGGAUGCCAAGGCUAUAUGGCUUUAAU